UUCGAUGGAAGCAAGUUGUAACACCACUUAUUACCAAAAGCUUUGGGUGGCCGGGUGUCGUGGCUUUUGACCCUAUUUGUGUAUCCGUCCAAACGCGCCGUUUACCAAAUUGCAGGCCUCCAAUCGCGUCCAGUCCAAUUACAGUCAGACAAAGCUUACCAUUUCCAGCUCCCUCAACAGAAUUUUAUCACUCGUCUCUUCGAUUGAUAGAAUUCCCACUCGGAGGGAACCUCAAUUUUCUGCACCGCCGGCACCUUCACUCUCUCUCUCCCUCUCUCUCCCUCUCUCUCCGCCUCCGAUUGGGUGUUGGUAAUUGGGCAGAAUCUUGAACAUGUAUCACGCCAAGAAGUUUUCAACGGCGAGCUUGGUCCCACACAAGCCCCAGAGCUCCCAGGAGCUUGCGAACGUCGGGGCUGUCAGCGGCGGUUCCUCCGUGAAAAGCCCAACGCCUUCCGGCGGGGGAAGCGGGAAGCAACGGCUCCGCUGGACUUCAGAUCUCCACGACCGCUUUGUCGAUGCCAUUACUCAGCUUGGCGGACCAGACAGGGCAACACCUAAAGGUGUUCUGAGAGUGAUGGGUGUUCCAGGACUAACUAUUUAUCAUGUGAAGAGUCAUUUACAGAAAUACCGACUUGCAAAGUACCUGCCAGAGUCUCCAGCUGAUGGUUCUAAGGAUGAGAAGAAGGGUUCUGGAGACAGCCUAUCUUGCUCAGAUUCUUCUCCUGGAGUGCAAAUUAAUGAGGCAUUGAGGAUGCAAAUGGAAGUUCAGAAGCGUCUUCAUGAACAGCUUGAGGUUCAAAGGCAGUUGCAAAUGAGAAUAGAAGCUCAGGGUAAAUACUUGCAGAAGAUCAUCGAGGAGCAGCAAAAGUUUGGUGGUUCACUCAAAGCGUCAGAAGCGUUACCAUCAGCCGAGGAAAAGCAGAAGCCAGCUCAGUUGGAGACAAUGGGCGAUGCAUUGGCCGCACCCUCAUCUCCCCGAAAGAAACAAAGGGUGGAUGAAGGGUUGCCAGACGGUUGCACCACAUCUAAUCUGCCUCUAAAAGCUGACCAGAAGAACGAAUUUGUGGGUCAGUGGGAUCGAGACAUGUAUGGAAAUGACGGUGGAUAUGGAUUUGGCUUGCAAACAGAGUUUAAAGAAAGAGAUGGCAGUGCUGCACAGAAAGCACCUAUGGAGUUAGAUCCCUUGUGUGGUUCAAAACAAUAGGAAGGAAUCACCAUUGUUGGUAAUCUUUGAUGAAGCAGUCUUUGUGCAAUUAAUUAGAAACCAUGUUAUCUAUACCACGUAAAUAUACAUGCGAUCGACUUGUAAUUAUACAAUGUAUGAAUUUUCCUUAGUGUACUAGUAGCAUGUAAACUCCAACUCCCCAGAAAAUAUGUUUGUUAGUUGAAGUACACUCA